AUGCACCAAGAUGAUGGCCUACAACCUGUGAUCAGUCCUGCUCCCAACACCAAAAAAAAGCUGGCUAUCCAUUGGGAGGGGGCCUACAGUGCUCACACCUCUCGCCUCAUCGCCUGGUGCAAAGCUAAUGAUGAUGCACGCAUCAAACUCUUCUCUGAUUCUGUGAAGGAUGCCAAAGACAAGGGGAGGAAGAAAAAGCAGAGUGCUGCUCCAAAAGAAACAUGCUACUCGCAGCUCGCAAAUGCUAUAUUUUCAAAUGAUGAGGAUCCUGAAUUCAACAAGUCCCCCAAACAGACAGGCGCCGGAUUAACAUAUGAUGAGCUACAGAAGAACCUGCAGAACAAGAUGCUCAUUGAUUCGCAACUGGACAAAUUCCCAUGGUGGCCAGACCUUCACGGUUGGUGGAGGACAAAUCCUGCCUAUAACACUGUAUUCUCAACCGCUGAUCCUGGACAAAACUACAAAUCUGCUGCACUACAACACUUCCGUGUGCCUGACUGUGAGGACGCACAACUCCCUGCUGAUGAAAAUGAGCCACAAGAGGAUGCUGAUGUGACAAUCAUACCAGCACUGGGCGCGUAUGAGUGUCAUAGGCAUAUUCUGCCUUGCCUAGAGGAAAAGAGUAAGGCGCUAGUCACCAGCGCUAUCAACUCCCAAGCUAUCCGCUUUGGAAUCACUUUUCUCCCAUAG